AAAACAUACCUUCGAACUAAUCGCUGAUGUUGAAUUCGAAUUUGAUGACGAAGCCGGAUUUAACUUCAUAUUUUUCUACAACGCACUCGAUAGAAGUGAGUUUACAGGACAUGAAAACGAGUGGGUGACGGUACACAACCAGAAGGUAGUAGAGUAUGGAAAGGAGUAUAGCGAUGAUCAAUUGAACUAUGUUCUCGAAACUAUGCCUGGCGCCAUCCAACUCCCGGUUGAUCAGGCACGUUUGCCACGUAAGUCUGGACCAAUUGAAGAAUUAGAAUCUAGACUAGUUGAGGAAUUAGAGCCUGAGCCCGUUGAGUAUGAGGAAGUUAUUA